AUGUCAAUAGCCUCAUCUUGGAAAACUUAUGGUCAAAAGGAGAAUCUUAUUGCGUCCAUCCGCAAUAUUAUUAAGGAUUAUUCCUUCGAAAGCAUAUUUAGAGAAUUCAUUCAAAAUGCUGAUGACGCCGGAGCUACUCGGUUUCACAUAAUCAUCGACGGUCGUUCACAUCCCUCCGACUCUCUAUUUAACAAUGAAAUGAAGGCCUGGCAAGGUCCCGCAAUCUUAAUAUUUAAUAAUCAAAAAUUUGAGGAAUCUGAUUUUGAAUCGCUAAUGCAGUUACGCGUUGGUGGAAAACAAGACGAUAACACAAAGAUUGGGAAGCAUGGAUUAGGUUUCAAUACGUGUUUUCAUUUUACCGAUGUUCCGAGUUUUAUUAGCGGAGAUUCUAUUGCCUUUUUGGAUCCUCAAGAGAAAUUCUUGAGACAACGUGGAAUAAUUGGCCCUUUUCCAACAAAUGGCAUUGAGGGGCUUUCUGAAAAGGACCAGUUGGUCCCCUUUGAGGGCAUCGAGGGCAUCAAUUUUUGUUCGACUUUUGAGGGGACACUCUUUCGAAUCCCACUUCGAAGGGAAGGAAGUGAAUUAUCCAACAGAACUUUCUCGAUAGCUGAAAUCUUUGAAUUGUUCUCCAAUCUUAAAUCAACUAUCCCUUCCCAAUUUUUAUUUCUUCGAAAUAUCGAAACAAUUGAAAUUUCUCAAAUAUCUGAAACUACAGUUCCGCUUCAAAUAAAACCUCUAUGUAAAGUAACCAUGGAGGAAUUGGAUGAAACCGUAAAAAAUAAAAGAAGAUGUGAACAUGUUAUCAACGGCGAAUUUCCUGUUUUUCAGAUAAAGACAAAACUAAUUGAUUAUGAGAAUUUAAACAACAUAAAAUACAAUAGUUGGAUUAUCGCUAUUGGUGCUCAACAAGAUCCUGAAGACUCUCAAUUACAAGAAUACGCGAAACAAUAUCGAUUACGCGUAUUAGGUGGCGUUGCAGCACCACUUGAAAACCCAAUAGACUUCGAAGGCAAGAUGUACUCAUUUCUUUUAUUAUCUGAUACCUUCACCAAUUUGCCAGUCCAUCUUAACGGAGCUUGGGCACAAGGCUCAGAUCGUGCAAUGUUACUAAUCGAAAAAAAUGACAUUCCGGAUUUGGACCAUCUGAAACUCAGUUGGAACAGGCAUAUUUUACUAGAUUUCUUGCCAAAACUUCAUUGCAAACUUCUAAAAGAAGCCAUCAGAUUAAACAUUACAGAUCCUGUCUCAAAGUUCUGGUUUUUUCCGUCCCAAAGACAUCCAAAGUACGCAAUUGAAUACGGUUUCAAAGUACUGAAAUAUAUGUUACAAACCGACACUAUCUUGUUUAAUGACAACUCAGAAGAAAACGUAAAUGAACAUGUGAAUAAUUUCUUCGAGUGUUUGUCAAGACAACGUAUUGAUGAGCUACGCAGCUUACUAAUGGAUUAUUGGGAAAUGGUGAAUUCGGAUGAUGAGUUAGAAUCAUUAAUUCGCUUAUUUCCUAUUUGGCCAAUAUAUUCGAAUUCAAAUUCGGAGAUGCCUUUAAAACCGGCUUCGUGCGGAUAUUUAUUGCCAACUUCCGUUUGCUGGUAUCAAACAAGGAGUUCAACAAUUUAUUUUUGUGAUUAUCAUCAAUUUCUUACCAGACUUAAUGUCCCCUUGAGAAACAUAUAUUCUUAUGUCUUUCAGGAUGUUGAAUUCCCUAGUGAAUCCAAUGACACUUACGUUCGCUUCCUAAAUAGCGUACUUAAUUAUAAUGAUGUCGUUCAAGAGUUAAGGGAUAAACGCUGUUUUCCCAAUUCAAAUACGAGGAUUUUAAAGAAGAUUACCGAUUUAUUCGACCCAAACAAUUCAGUUUUUCGAAUUGUGUUUGGUGGAAACAGAAACACGGACGUCUUUCUUCAUUCCGGUUUAUUAGAACACGCUGAGAGGUUAUCAAGUAUCGGUUUCAAUAAUAAAGUCAAUGAAAUAGCAUUUAAUAAGUGCGCUGAUAUGAUUGAGGAAUUACAAAAAGAGCCGGAACCUCCAUCUGACAUACGCUAUCGAGGCUUCACAUUGGUUGAUCAUCUCUAUAAAAAUAUUACCGUUUUUAACUUGGAUAACAUCAGAAGAAUACCAAUCUUUCCAGUUGCUAAAAGUUUGGGCGAACCUUACGACACGCACUACAAUCACAAUGACGACACUCGUGUAUUUGGUUGUUUGAAUGAGGUAAUCCUUCCUAAUUAUAGAGAUGUCGCGUGGAGUCAAAUGUACUUGAUUGCAGAAGUUAUCAUACCGCCUCCACAAGUACUCCAAAGACAUCCAUCAUUCGGAAAACCAAAUGUUUCCACCGUAGUCAAACAUCUCCGUUUCUUGUAUAAUGUCCUCCGGAAUGAUGAUGAAUGGAGGAAUAGUUGGGCUGAUAAAUUCAAGCAUGACGUUUUUGAGGUUUAUAAAUGGCUCGAUGAUGAAACCUCACAUGAGGGUAUCGACUUGUCCAUGUACAUUCGUUUAAAUGAUACUUUAUUCCUUAACUUCACCAUAGAUCAAAAUCCGUUUAACCGCGAUAAUUGGGUUGCAGCUAAAGAUUUAAUUUUAAACCGUGAGCCGGGUGAAGACCAAUAUGUGAAUCCGAUGCUUGCCAGGUUUCCUAAUAUGCUCAAAAGUGCUGGUGUCAGAGAAAUAAGACCGCCUAAUUAUGUAAUACGGGUCAAACACCAUGAUCAAUCAAGUAUUAACAGAAAUAGAGCAUUUGAAUUUCUAUUAGAUCAAAGAUCCCCCUUGAACGACUUCACUUUUAUUGUGAAUGGUGAGAAAAUAAAAGCAAGUCGAUUUAUGCUUGCUUCAAGCUCGAGAGCCCUUCAUAGAGAACUCACAGCGAAUCCGAAUAAUUCGAUCUCUAUUCCGACUAUUCAAAAUAUUCAACCUAACUCUAUGCGUAUCUUGUUACGUUAUCUGUAUGGUCAGGAUAUUGACGACGCAAUUCAAAGACGAGAUUCAAUUAAUGUUUGGAAUCGUAGGACUGGGUAUGAGAUAUAUAAUAAUUCAAAUUUGCCACUGUAUAAAGAUCUACUCAAAUUGGCAGAAUGGUUCCAAUUAGAUCAUUUGAAGUCGCUUAUGGAAUUUAGGCUCUCGCGAUUCGUUCAAAUGUCUAAUGUAAGGGAUAUGACAAAUUUUGCAGAAACUUUGAAUGCUGAGCAGCUCAAGCAAUAUUGCUAUCAUUUUAUUCGCGAUAAUAGUGAAUUGUUGUUGUAA